AUGGCACGCAAAGGCCAAGUAUCAAUACAAGACUCGGUGGAGACGAACGAAGAAUUUGAAGAAUAUCUGAAGGAACAUAGCAAACAACUCAUAUGUAUGGAAGUGUAUUCAGAAUAUUGUGGACCCUGCCUGGCAACAGGUAAUGCAAUCAGAAAGGGCAAAUUGGAAAUAGGCACCGAUGACAUAGCGAUGGUGAAGAAAGGUAAAUUGACUCGCGCCAUGUUCGGGGCGAACGGGAUUGAACUUUGCCGCAUCAUCGAGGACGAGAUGCGUCUGAUGCGGCAGGAGCUUGAAACUGGCGUGGAGCGGCCCAAGCAGGAGAUUGGCGAACUGCUGCCCGAGGAGUCGGCAAAGAUAGAGUCGGACUUCAAGUUGGAGGAAGAGGCGCGCGAGGCCAGGGAGCGUCUUCGCGUCUUAACCCUGGCCGCCAGAAAGAAGCGGGUGGCGGAACGCCUGUCGCACCACGUGCGACGCCUUAACUACAUCCUGUACUGGCCGCGCUGCCAGCAAGCGCACUACGAUCUAUACGAAAAGUGGGACUUGAUCAAUAUUCAAGUGGGGGCCAAGGAAACGUUUCAGUUGAACGAGGCUGAUGUAAAAGAGGUGCUUUAUAUGAGCGACGUGGAACCUAACGAGGCUUGCAUUCAUGCGUUGCUCGACGGCGAAGUGCUCGUCGUGCUAUUUAAAAUGUUCGACACCGAUAACCGGGACUUCGUCAAACUCCUACGGCACGCGUUGUACGAGGAGAUACCGGUGCCGAAGGAGGACCUGCCGCCGGAGAAGCAAGUCCCCCUGGUGCCAGCGUACGAAAGGUACGCGGCAGUCAGCAAGACGGCGCGCGAGGUGCGCCGAGAGCGCUACGAGGCGAAAAUGCAAAAGCUGCGACAAGAGAAAGAAGAACAAGAACGAUUGGCAGCGGAGCAAGCGCGUUUGGCGCGCGAGGCGGAGGAGGAACGGCUGCUGAAAGAGAAGCAGCGGCAGGAAGAAGAACGAAUGGCGAGGAUACAAGCGGGAUUACCUGCAGAUCCAGAACCGGAGCCGGCUGAUGAAGAGGCCACCGGAGAAGAGGGUGUAGGAGAAGAGGGUGUCGGAGAAGAAGGGGUUGAAAAUCAGGAGCUCAAGGAGGAAAAAGAAACAGAGGCAGCAGGAGAUUUGGAAGAGGUGGAGGAGGCGGAAGAAGAAUUUCACUCCGAUAUAUCAGUGGAAGACGAAGAGUACAUACCACCUGGCGGACUUUUUGUCCCCGGACUCUAUUCGCCGCCAAACGACCUAGCUAAAGCGAACGGGCUAGCUUUCUUCUUCCCAAAAGUCAUCGAAGCGAUAACUCCGUUGGAGUCGGAGCAUCUGCCGCCGCACGUGUUGGUGAUGUUCAACGUGGACAAACGUCACGAAGUGCGCGACGCGAUGCAGCAGUUCCCGAACGACAUAUUACAAUCGGGGAUAUUCAUGGGCGACAAUCCAUUUGCGGCGGAGCACGUCGCUUACACGGUCAAGCAGUACGACAAGAUGACCCGCAUACGAAAACACAAGGACCGGCUCGCGCUGAUGGUGUCGCGGCGGCGUAGCGUGGCUCUGCUGACCCUCGCCGGCCUGAACCCCUGCUACAUUAGCAGCGACACCUCCUCCGGCGAGAGGGACUGCCUCGCGCUCUUCCCCGUGGGCUACGGCGACGACUACGUCGAGGAGGAGAGCGUCGCCGAGGAGGAGGUAGUCUUCGAACUU